AUACAACCAGAACGUGGGCUGAAUACAAGGAAGGUUUUGGAAACACUGAAGGAGAAUACUGGAUCGGCAACAAUAUUAUCCAUCACUUGACAAAUCAGGCUACGUAUAAACUGAGAAUUGACUUGAAAAAAUGGUCUGGAAUUACUUCGUACACAGACUAUGAUGUUUUCAUGAUUGAAAAUGAAGAUAAUAACUACAAGUUGCAUUUAGGAAAAAGCACAGGUCUUGCUGGUGACUCCUUGAACAAUAACGAACAGCUGUUUUCAACCAUAGAUCGAGAUAACAAUAACUAUUGCGCAAGAGAUCAUUUGGGCGGAUGGUGGUAUGAUGAUAAUGACUGCAGACAAGCUAAUUUAAACGGAUUUUAUUCAGAUCCCAUGGCCUCAAGGAACUGGGCCCUUAUCACGUGGUACACAUUCAACCUAGAGAGCCCAUUGAAAGGAGUUACGAUGAAAAUACAGAAAAACAUAUAG